AUGGCUGGCUCGCUCCCCAAGAACCGCCCACACUCGCACUCGAUAUCCGCCGGCAACCUAAACCCCGCGCAUCGCGUAACACGUAGGAAGAGCAUGAGCCAGACACCCGUCACCAAUGUUGCGGCCAUCGCUGCUGCGGCCAAGGGCAUGUCGGGGGCGCCCCUGGAUGGUAGUAGUAACGGAUCGCGCCGCCUGUCGAAGCCGACAUCGCAGUUCCGCGGACCCAACAUGGCACUCAACUCAACAAUGGCAUCGAGUAUGCCCGGUAAUGGCUCGCAGUUCGGUCCUAGCAGUUAUGGCGCCGCGGCGGCUAAGAGUGAGGCUCUCACCGACGGUCCGACACUCGCAACGAUGCUGGAGCAGGACAAGGCCGACACCAAGUCGCGGAACCGCCGCGCGAGCGAGGGCUCUCGUCUGUCCAAGGGUGACGGCAAGCGAAGUGGUAGCGAUCUGAGAUGUGAAAAAUGUGGGAAAGGCUACAAGCACAGCAGCUGUCUGACCAAGCACCUUUGGGAGCACACGCCAGAAUGGCAAUACACAUCUAAGCUGCUCAUCUCCAAGCACCAGCAGGUGCAGCUCCUCGAAGCUGCCUCUGUCCUCGUCGCCAUGAACAAGGAGAGCGAUGGCGAAAACAGCGACCGCUCGUCUCCUCCGGCCUCGGGCUCGUCUGACCUGCGUGAGGAGUUGAGCUCCACUGAAACUACCCCGCCCCCGCAACUCGACGACCAUGCCGUGGGCUCCUACCCUCACUCGCACUUUGGCACCCACUCCAUCAAGCGCUAUUCCACCAACAGCUCCGCAUACAGCCAGUCUUACCAGUCCACCGUCUUCUCCGACAAUGGGAAUGGCCACUUCCGCCAGUGGAGCAACGUGUCUGACCGCCCCACAACGUCAGGUACCUCGGUUGCCGGCUCCUACCAUGAUGAUGGCAACGACCAUGCUGACCUUGCUGCCGCCGUUGGUUUGUUGAGCUGCUCAUACGGCACGCCCAAGACAGGUCCUGUCGCGCUCCCACCAGAUGUGCCACCCGUGCCACCGCUACCAGCAAAGUAUUUUGACCUGAAUGCCCGCUCUCUGUCCGGUAGCACCACCGUCACCGCGCAGCAGUCGAGCAUACGCAACAGCUACCGCUACAACAGCGAAAGCAAGGACGUCGACAUGGACGAUGACCACUUCGCCGAUGAGGAGGACUACCGCUACUCCAACUCGCGCAGCCGCGGCCGCAUCGACGAGGACGACGACGAGAUUUUCGGAAGGAUGGAGGAAUAG